GGAAAACAAAAAUUUGAGUUAAAACAUGGUCACGACGUGCAUUCAGCUGCAGCACCCAUAUGGAUUAAUUCUCGCAGUAGCCCAGGCCUACAAGAGAUCUGAGAGUGGAUAAAACAUACUGGGCAAUGUACUGGAAAAAUGAACAAACCACAUCGAAGGAAAGUCCAAGCAAGAACACUGAUAAAACCCAAGCGCUGUUUGAAGAGGUAUCGUGUUCGUCGUCGUCUUUGUCGCCCGGCUCUUCACUUCAUGCCAUGACAGAGAAAGCCAUCUGUACCAGCUGUGGCACCGAGAUCGUCGACAAAUAUCUGUUAAAGGUGAACGAUAUGUGCUGGCACGUGAGAUGUCUGUCGUGCAGCGUGUGUCAAACAUCUUUGGGCAGACACAUCAGCUGUUAUAUAAAAGAAAAGGAGAUAUUCUGUAAAUUGGACUACUUCAGAAAGUACGGAACGCGUUGUGCUCACUGUGGUAGGAAUAUCCAUUCAAACGACUGGGUCCGCAGGGCAAAAGGAAACACCUACCACCUGGCUUGCUUUGCUUGCUUCUCUUGCAAGAGACAGCUGUCCACAGGAGAAGAGUUUGCACUGGUAGAUGAGAGGGUUCUGUGUCGUGUGCAUUAUGACUGCAUGUUGGACAACCUGAAACGUGUCAUGGAGAAUGGAAAAGGAGUGAAUGCGGAGGGAGCUGUUCCCUCAGAGCAGGAAGUAAAUCAGCCUAAACCAGCCAAGAGGGCACGGACCAGUUUUACAGCUGACCAGUUACAGGUAAUGCAAGCCCAGUUUGCUCAGGACAACAAUCCAGAUGCUCAGACUUUACAAAAGUUGGCAGAAAGAACUGGUCUAAGCCGGAGGGUUAUUCAGGUUUGGUUUCAGAACUGUCGAGCUCGUCAUAAGAAGCAUGUUAGCCCAAAUCACUCUUCAGCUGCACCAGUGUCAUCUCUGCAGUCCACUCGGCUUUCUCCUCCCCUAAUAGAUGAAUUUCAGUACACUGCUUUUGCCCCUGUAGACACCCCUAUGCUGACUGCACUACACUCCUAUAUGGAUGGUAUGUUAUGUGGAAUAUCGCAAUAUUCUAUUCCACUCUCCCUCUUCACUGGUUCUGCAGCCUCUCUUGCCCCACUCAUUGACACAGCUGCCCAUCAGCCACGCCUAAGAUGUCCACUGCUGCCACAUGGUCAGGUCAGAGUCCAGAGGACAGCAUGAGAAAAUCUUGAUUCUUACUGACUAUUGAACAAGACCCAUGCUACUUUCUUUCAUGGGCACUUACUGAAGGAUAUGUCUUGUGAUGUUUAAAGUCUUAAUUGUGGGAAAAAAGCCUGAAGUUUUUGUUUAAUAUAUAAAUAUAUAUUAUCUAUAUAGUGAUGGAAUAAAUUUCAUUUAAUUUAUUUCUUGUAUGUGAUUGAGCACUUUGUUUUAAUAUGCGUACCAUGGAGUUCUUAGUUUUUGAUUUAGUUGACAAACUUAUUUUAUUUUUGAUUUGUUCUAAAUUUACAUUUGGAAGAUGAAGAAAAGCCAAUAAAAUUUGUUGCUAGCAUUGAUCAAA